AUGUCUAAACAUUCUAGAAGGUGGAAUGGUUCUAAUUCAAGAAACAAUUCUAGAAACAGAGGUACUCCUUUCAGUACAAACAAUAUGAUGAAUGAUCAAUAUUUAUAUCAACAUCAAUUUUAUUUUAACAAUCCAAACGCUACUACUAAUUCUAAUUCCAACAAUCAAACGUAUUUCCACCAAAAUUUUACCAACAAUAAUGCAUAUUUCGAUAAUUCAAAUCAAGAAUUUAGAAUUAACAAUUCAAAUACAAACAUGAUAGAUCAUACUUCUGCAUUGAACCCCACCUAUUAUAGCCCAAUUCCAUCUGCCCCACCAACUCCAUUUGAUCCAAGUUAUGGUGCUACAUUGUUACCUUCUCAUUUAUUAAUGGGUUCUCCCUUUGUAUCAACUCCAAAUAUACAUAGUUUUCCUUACUCUGCUACUUCAAUUUCUUCUACUCCAACAAGGAAAAGCUUUUCAAGGAAAAAUUCAAAUUCAAACUCAAUUUCAAAUUCAAAUUCAAGUUCCAUGUCCAAUUUAAAUUUGAAUUCUAAAUAUGAUAAUUAUCCAAUACCACCAGUACCAAUAUUGAAAAAUCCUCCUUUAAAUAAUCAAAAUAUUAGAAAUUCGAGAAAUAAUUCUAAUAGAAUUAGAAAUAACCAUAUAAUUAAUAGAAAAUUAUUGAAGGACGACAAUUCUUAUCGUAUUUCUCAACAAACAUUUAAAGAAAAUCCAAUGAUUAUUGAAAAACCAAAAUAUUCAAGUGUAAUUGAUAUUAACAAACUAUUGGAAAUCCCAUUAGUUGUGUCUUAUAAAAUCUUACCAAAAGGUACUGAUGAAUUUAGAACAAGGUCUUUAUUACUAGAAAAUAUUAAUCAAUCAAUUGACACAAGAACUUUAGUGAAAAAUUUCAUUAAUUUUGGUCCUAUUGAAAGUGUUUAUCUAAUUAAAUUAAAUCCAGGUUCAAAAUACAAUUCAAUUUUAUUAAGUUUUGUCUCAAGGGAAAUUUGUUUGGACUUUUAUAAUAAUGUGUUACAAAGAUUAAUGGAAUUUAAAACUGAAUUGUCUUCAAAAUCUUUAACUUUAAGCUUUGUCAUUUUAAAAUACGAAUUCACUGAUUAUAAUCAUCCAAUUAAUGAACAUGCAAGUGAUAAUGGAGAUGAAUCUUCUUCAUCAAAUAAAAACUUAAAAAUUGAUACAAUUAAAGAAGAGGAAGAAGAUGAAGAAGAAACAGAUGGAGAAGAAAUUGUUAUUGAAGAUAUUAGAAAUGAUUUAAAUAAAGAAAAUUUCCCAUUGACGUUUGCAAGUGCUUUACAAUCUGAUUUGGUUAAAAGAGGUGCCACAAGAUCCUUAUUGUUAAAAUUUAACGGAGUUGUUUCUAAAGAUCAAUUGAUAAAUGAAAAAUUGAAUUUAUUCAUUAAUAAUAAUUUAAAUAAUAGAUAUAUUCUUGAAUCUAUUUCACUUGUAAAUAUUGAAAAUAAUACUAAAAAUAAUAAAAAUACAAUUGGAGAUGAUAAUGAAGAUCAAAUCGAGGAUACUCCAAUUUCAAAAUUCGGUAAUAACUAUUGUUUAUUAACUUUUUCAAAUAUUUUAAUGGCAAUUGAAGCUUUUGAUUAUUUUAAAGCAAAGUUAAAUGAAUUAAAUAUUUUUGAUUGUUUUUUCGUUUCAAAAACUAAUUAUCAUAAAAAUUCUGAAAAUUCAAAAUCAACUAUAUCUCACUCUACUCCAUCGUCAAAAAUUUCUUCAAUCGUUAAUUUACCAAAUGAGAUUAAUAAUAACAAUAAAUCCAAUGUUCCCAUUACAAGUUUAAAUUCAGACAAUGAUAAAUCAAAUGUUAGUAUUUCUAAUGAUAAUAUUUCUAAUGAUAAUACUUCUAAUGAUAACAAUAAUAGUAAUGAUAAUCCAAUUAAUAAUAACGAUAUUACGAUACGUAAUAAAUCAAGAAAAAAUUCGAAUGUCACUGUACAUGAACUUUCAAUGGAUCAGGAAAUCGAAAUUUUAAACGAAAAAUUGAAAAAUAUUGAUUUGAAAGAUAAUGAAUUAAUCAUUUCUGCAAAAAUUUAUAAUCAACCAAUUGUAGAAGAAUUUGAUCAAGAUUUAGAAAAUAUUUCAAUUACAAAUUUAAGUAAUUCAAAUUAUUUAUUAUUAAACCAACAACCAUUCGAAUUUAAUAUGAAUAUGAAUAUGACAAUGAAUAUGAACAUGAACAUGAAUAUGAAUGUAAAUAUGAAUAUGAAUAUGAAUAUGAACAUGUUACCUCCACAAUCAAUGCCUAUGCCAAUGUUUGCUGGUAAUUUCGAUAUGAUUGACCCAAUGGAUCCACAACGAUCAAGACAACCUUCAGUUUUAUUCACGGCAACACAACAACCACAACAACCACAGCAACAACAGCCACAACAGCAAGGUACACAUAAUAAUUUGACACAAACUUUAGAGAAUCAUUUUAAUACAUCCACGGAAUUAUCAGCUGUAUUAGGUGGUGGUCCAGGCAAUAGAACGGUUUAUAUUGGUAAUAUCAAUCCUCGUUCUAAACCAGAGGAUCUUUGUAAUGUAGUUCGUGGUGGGAUUUUACAGAAAAUUGUGUUUUUAAGAGACAAGCAUAUUUGUUUUGUAACAUUCAUUGAAGCAACAAAUGCAGCUCAAUUUUUUGCUAAUGCUUAUAUUGAUCCAAUUGUAUUACAUGGUAACAUUUUAAAAGUAGGCUGGGGAAAUCAUUCAGGUCCUUUACCAAAAUCAAUUUCACUAGCUGUAACUAUUGGUGCUAAUAGAAAUGUUUAUGUAAGUUUACCAGAAUUUGCAUUUAAAGAUAAAUUUAUUAACAAUCCUGAUUAUGAAAAAUACCAUGAGAUUUAUAAAUUACCAAAUGAACUUCAAUUAAGGAAAGAUUUUUCUCAAUAUGGUGAAAUUGAACAAAUUAAUUAUUUAAAUGACGGCCAUUGUUGCUGGAUUAAUUUUAUGAAUAUAAAUUCUGCCAUUACUUUGGUUGAAGAAGUAAAUGAAGAUGAUGGUAUAAGAUUCCAUAAUAAAUUUGAUGGUAGAUAUAAUGGAUUAAUUAUUGGUUAUGGUAAAGAUAGAUGUGGUAAUGUGAAUAAAAAUUUAGUUGCCACUAAAAAUUCUAAAUUUUUCAAGAAAGUUAAAAAACCUGCAUAUCAAAUAAAAUUAAAAAAAAUUGAAGAAGAGCGUAGAUUACAGGAAGAAAAUAAUUUACGAAAUAAUAAUAAAUUAUCUAAUAAUUCACAGAUAAGAAAGCCUGCUGUCAAUUUAGAAUCUUUAGGAAUUACUUUUGAAUCAUCAGAAACUGAUACAACUAUAAACACAACAAAUAAUGAUAUUGAUACACCAGAGGAUACCCAAAAACUAACUUCUCCUGCAACUAGUUUUGAUGAUGAUCAUAAAGUAGAUCCUGCCUCUUUAGAAGCUCUGGGCAUUAUUACUACUUCUGCCACUGUAGCAGUAACUAAAAAUAUAGAUCCUAGUCAAAUUAACACAGAUACCUCUAAUCACGAAGAUGAUGAAACUAGUAGUACUGAUAAUGCUAUUGAACAAUUUUCUAAUGAAAAUGAAGAUGAAGAAUUGGAUUCUCAAUCAUCUGAUGAUUUAUCUGAUGUAGAAUUAAUUAUUGGUAGUGGUGAUAAUUCUGAUGCAUUGACUUUGGAAAACAUUGAUAAUCAAAAAUUAAAAAAGAAUAAAAAUAAGCAUAAUAAACGUAAAGUACAUCGUUCGCAUAAUCAAAAAAUUUUACAAUCAAAUCAAGUUCCUGUUUUAAAUCAGUAUCCACCAAUGGCGUCAUCAACUUUAACAAGAACAUACCGUAAGACAAAACUAAAGCCAAAGAAUGAUAAUCCAAAAUUCAUUACUUCUGAUACUGAAGAUGAAAUUUUAAGCCAAUUACCUGAUGAAGUUCUAGACGAAAAAAAUCCAUUUAGAGGUCCUAGAAAUAAAAAUAAAAACAGAAAUACAAGGAAAACUAUUCCUGGUUCAGAUGUCAUGUCCCAAUAUUUAACUCAAUUACAACAUUCCACAUUCAUGUAUGCAGCUAAUAUUCUUGGUGUUUCUGCUGAAGAUAACAACAUAACGUAUGGCGAUGAUGGUGAACCUUUAAAUUAG